AUGACUUUUGUAGCAACGGUUUCUUGUAUCACUAGUGUUGUGGUUAUUACUGCUUCACUUUGCUCGGUUCUUAUUAUUGUUAAUGAUAUUAAUGAGUUGAGCAAUGAUAUUUCAAAUGGAAUGGAUUCGUUCAAGGUUUGUUUAGGGUUAUUGGGUAAAUUUGUGGUAUUUAUGAUAAUCUACUAUUUCUAUUUUCUAAUUUAUCAAAACUUAAAAAGCCUUCUCUUCCAAUCUCAUCUUUCUCAAAAUUUUAGGACAUUUCCGAAGCAACUUGGGGAAACAUUAUGACUCUUCACGGAAGAGAAUCAAGAAAGCCUGAAUUCCACAGAACUGUCGGAAUCAAUAUGCGUACAAAGAGAUCCUCUCCAGAUUGUCAAUGCCAUGCUAGAGCUGCCCAAUGUCCACCAGGACCACCAGGAGACAAAGGAGAGCCAGGACUUCCAGGUCUUCCAGGACCAAACGGAGUUGAUGGCAAAGACGGUGUCCCAGGAGUCGCUCUUUUAGUUACCCAUAAAAAUCCAGGAGGUUGUUUGGAAUGUCCAGCUGGACCAAGAGGACCAAAGGGAGAACCAGGGCCACCAGGACCACCAGGAAAGAGUGGACGACCAGGACAACGCGGAACACCAGGAGAGCCAGGAAACCCGGGAACACCAGGAGAACCAGGAGAAACUGGGCCAACUGGGGCACCAGGAAGACCAGGACAACGUGGAGAAAAUGGAUUGCCAGGAACUUUGUACGCACCAGGAAAUCCAGGUCGUCCGGGACCAGUUGGACCAAGAGGAGCUAUUGGAGAGCCAGGGAAAGAUGGAUCAAAGGGAUCAAAUGGAGAGCCAGGAAAACCUGGACAUCCAGGACGUAAUGGAAAACCAGGUCGCCGCGGAAAGGACGGAAUUCCCGGAAAAUGCGGAGGAGAAGGACCUGCUGGACCAGAUGCUGGAUAUUGUCAAUGUCCACCAAAAUCCAACUAA